AUGACAGAACUCAAAAACCCCCAAAGUCUACAAUUCAGAAGACGAGUCAAAGAAGGAUUCAGGUCGAGAAAUCAGAGAUUGUUACCAGGGCAAGAGUUCUGUUACCGGAGUAAAAUCCUAGAGGCGGUGUCAUUGAUCAGAUUCUUUGCAGAGAUGAAGUUUGAGAAAGGGGUUAAUGAUGGAACUCUUUGGACUGUUGGGAGAUAUUGUUCUAAUCUGGAAGCUCUUGACCUCUCAGAGUUGGAUAAUUUGACUGAUGCUUCACUAAAAGAGAUUACAGAUGGUUGCAGAUCUUUGAACUCGAUUCUAAUAGGAGCCAAGGAUAAGGAAGAUUUGAGAGUGGGAAAAGAUGUUGUAGGUAGAUACAGAGGCCAAGAAUCUGUCCAAGGUCUUGGUGUAGCUGUCAACAUUCAUGACGUUAAGGCUUCUCUUGGUCAAACCGAAAACAUUAGAACUCGGCUACGGUCUUUCGGUAGAUCUGUUCCUCAGUUUAUGAGCCCAAGAGAACCGAAGGAAAGUGGCAAGAGAAGCAAAGAGGAGAAGCAUGGUAUUGAAGAAGAGAGAGAUGUCAAUUGUGUUGAAGCUAAGGAGAAUAAUAAUAAUAAUGUUCCUGUUGUUGACGUUGAUGGUGAUGACGUUGUUGAUGGGUCUGAUUCUGCUACUGUUUGUGGAGACAUGAGAAAGGCUUUAUCUGUCUGCAGGAGUGCCUUAGAAAUCUUAGAAACAGAAGUUAAAGGAACAGCAGAUCAGGAACCACAAACUUCAGUUUCAGAGGUUCAAGUGGCUGUUUCAUGGUUGCUCACUUCAAAGAAUUGGCGGUGCUGUGAGACCGUCGGGCCAGGUGGUACUGGAGGCAAAAGCUUUGAAGCUCAACAGCAUCUCGCUGAAGGGAGGGCCAGAGGAGGGAAUACGAGGAAAGAGCAGUUAGGAAGUGAAGGAUAUCAGCAGAUGGGUCGCAAAGGAGGUCACAGAAACCCUGGAGAAGAUGUCGAUGAGGGAGAGGAGAUGGACGAACCCAAAUCCAGGACUAGGACCCAGUCUUAA